GUUCUCAGCAACCGGGUCUUCAAACGUCAGAGCGGAUCUCGAGGAUACAUAGCAUAUCCUCUUGAUUCUUGGUUCUGAUCCUCUUGUAUUCCCAUCCUACCAUGACGUCCGCUACGGCUACGCCAUUGUCUCAUACCCCUGGACAAGGGCAAGGGUUGAAUGCGACCAAGUCUGAUCCUGAAGUUGGGAAACGACUCAAUGGGGAGAAACCUUCGUCGAACGGUGUCGGAGGACAUGAAGCCUUAGAUUUGGCAAAGACCUCCGAAGCAUACUCUAAGCAGUCUACCGAGCGCGUCGAGUCAGUCAGAGCAGAGCAUGAACGUCAACGGACCGACCGACGAGCUCGAUUUGAAGAAUCCAUGCGACAACUGGAAGCGGAUCAUCUAAUUGAGGAAAAGACAUUCGGAGGGACCUUGCCCCGGUCAGCUGGUGGACCCAACAGUCAAAAAUCAAUCACCACCUCCCCUACCAAUGGCAAUACUACGUCGGCUCCCACCACGCCACCUGGACGACCGACGGGCGGAACCGGACCUGUUCCCAGUGCUGAUCUUCCUGCGCCGAUCGGUCAAGGCCGAGAGAUGGCGAACGGAGCAAAGAGUAUGCCUGCAUCGAGGAGAGCCUCUGGAUUUGGACCUACCUUUGGGAUGGAGAAAUUGAGCUUGAGCGUUAUGGAACCUGCUCAUUCCAAGAAUUGGGACGAUGAUGAGGUGGAUACCGAGGGUGCUCAGAAUUCUGUCAAGUAUCUCGGUAUGGGAGAUGAUGACCCUUUCCCCGCCAUGUCAAAGAAGGAUCCCAAGAUCUCCGCUGCCUCUGCCGCACUGGACCUUGCUGCUCUUUCUCAAACCCCUCCUCGAGCAUAUGGGUCCCGACCAUUCGAGACCUCUCUCAAGACGUCUGACUGGCCCUCUUUCCCUUCGUCCGGAACCAAUGCCAACGCCUCGGGUCAGAUCACGUCCCCUCACCCUCAUUCAUCCCGUGUGGAGGACAGCAUCCUUGGAACGUCUCGCAAGACUUCACCUACGACAGGGACUGGCAGUGGAGCGGGAGUCGGCAUGGCUGAUUCAGUCGCAUCCCUCCCUGCCAUUCCCUCGAAAUCUGUCCCUGGAACCCCGUUCGGCCUUGCCCAUGCCAACUCUGGCGGUAUGGGCGGAGGAGCUGGAGCUCAAGGAGGAGGCGUCCGGAGGAGCGAGACGAGCCCAAGUAUCAAUGAGGGGUUGACUCAGGCUCAGAGGGGAUUCUCUAAUCCAGAUUUGGCAAAGUCAUUUGGAAGAGCAGGAGGAGGCUACGACCAGCCUAGAGCAUACUCUGGCGACCCGCUCUAUUCGUCCAUGUUCGCGCCGGUCUCUGCGCCUCUGCCACCCACCGCUGCCGUUGCCGCUGCAUUCCAACCACAAGGAGGCUACGAAUCGUACGGAUUUGAGGACGAUGGAUACGGUUCGGGCGCUCUCUACCCGGGAGCUAUGGGUCUGAAGAGCAAACGAGCUGAUGCCGAGAGGGAGUUCAACCGAUUCUCUGGCGUCCGUCUCGAAGACCUCCAAGGCGAGAUUUUGAACCUGUGCAAAGAUCAACAUGGAUGUCGUUACCUCCAGAAGAAGCUUGAAGAAGGGGAUUCGACACACCGCGAUAUGAUCUUCCGAGAGACUUUUGGACAUUUCCCAGAAUUGAUGACGGAUCCCUUUGGAAACUAUCUCUGUCAAAAGCUUUUGGAAUUCUCGACCGAAGAGCAAUGUUCGACUAUCAUUGAUUCCGUCGCCAAUGAUCUCGUACAGAUCAGUUUGAACAUGCACGGGACGAGAGCUGUUCAGAAAAUGGUCGAUUUCUUGGCUGUCCCACGACAACAGAAACAGAUCAGGACGUUGAUCUACGCGUUGAGUAUGAACGUCGUGGCGCUCAUCAAGGACCUCAAUGGGAACCACGUAAUUCAAAAAUGCCUCAACAAGCUCAUCCCUGAAGACAAUCAAUUCAUCUACAACGCUAUCGCUGCCAACCUCAUUGAAGUCGCUACGCAUCGUCAUGGUUGCUGUGUUCUUCAGCGAUCCAUCGAUCACGCUUCACCUGCUCAACGCGUCCAACUUGUUACCGAGAUCAUCUUCAAUUCCCUCUUCCUCGUCCAAGAUCCUUUUGGCAACUAUGUCAUCCAGUACAUUCUCGACUUGAACGACGCUCGAUUCUCCGAACCGCUCAUCAGGACAUUUAUCGGAAACGUUUGCUCGUUGUCUGUGCAAAAAUUCUCCUCCAAUGUUGUCGAAAAGUGCAUCCGUGUGGCUGAUCCGGAAGUCCGCAAAACGCUCGUCUCUGAAGUCCUGCACCGAUCUCGGCUGGAGAAACUUCUUCGGGACAGUUACGGUAACUACGUGAUCCAGACCAUUCUAGACUACUGUGAAGUGACCCAGCGAAUGCAGCUCAUUGAGGCGAUCCGACCUAUCCUCCCGUCUAUCCGAAACACCCCCUACGGCAAGCGAAUUCAGUCCAAACUUGCGAGGGAAGAUGCCUCGUUUGCACAGUACGGAGGUGGAGGAGGUGGCGGUGGCGGCUAUGGUGGUGGUCGUGGUGGGUACCGUGGUGGAGCUGGAGGUGGUGCGGGCGGCGGUGGAGGCGGCAAUUACCAGCGACAUCUUGGUCGUCCUCAACUUCAACAUAUCAACGCUUUGACUGAAGUUUAUGGAUCUCAAGGACCUUUUGUUCCUCACAACCAACACAACCCAGCCUUCAUGCCUGGUCCACCAGGUCAUCAUCAUCCUCACCAUCCACACCAACACAUGGUCGGUGGUGUAGGCGCUGGGGCCGGGGGUGGAGUACAAAGUUACAGGGAUCCAAUGGGAGGAGCCGGAGGAGCUGGGGGCGGACCGACCCACACUGGCGUCGCGUAUCAUGCGCCUGGACCUGAUGGUCAACCUUGGCUUCAUCUUCGUGGACCGGGUCCUCAAGGUGGUCCAGCCCCUAAUUGGAAUAUCGGAAACCAAUCUGGACCAAUUCAAGGUCAAGGACCAGAAGGUGGGCCAAUGGGGAUGGACGGAAUCAACGGAAUGAUGGGUAUGAAUGGACAUGCCCUCUCGCCGAAUGGCACGGGGUCAGGUGUCGUCGAUGUGUCUGCUGAGGGUAUCAACGCCGCUGCGACCCUUGGACACCCUGGUAUGUGGAGCCAUGAUGGAGGUUACAUGCAAUUUGGAAACCCUCAACAACAGCUGCAGCAACAACAACAGCAACAGCAGCAACAACAGCAACAGCAACAGCAGCAUGGAGUCCCAAUGAUGUGAUGUGAUGUGAUGGAGAGUCGAUCAUGACGAUGACAACGAAGACGACAACGACGACGGUUUUUUUAUAAAAAAAAUGCCAUUGGAAGCCGGAAAACCAAUCAACCAACCAUCUCUAAUCCGAUCUCAGUAGUCUGCUUCAUCCCCAAACCCCUUGCUCUCGACAAUCU